AGGGCAUGAUCGUCAUUUGCAAAAGCACCUUCCCUUUUUUCUGGGUAAAUCAACAGCAUCAAGGUUCAUUGUUCCAGAAAAUAUAAACAUUCUGCAGAAAUCACACAGCAAACUCACUUCUUCUUCUCAAUCUUCUGUGUUUAUAUGUACUUAUUUCUUUACAAAUCGAUAGAUUUUGGAGUUGUUCAUCAGAAUUUUGCAGAGCCGUGCAAGAUCUUCUUCAAGAAGGUUCGAGUUAUCUGUACCUAAACCGUAGAAUCAGUUUUCCAACAUCUUGUACAUAAUCAUGAACGGAAACCCGUCUGCAACAGUUAGAGAUCAAAAGGAAAAACAAGCUUCAUUUCUCGAGGUUGUUAAUAUCGAAAAGCUAUUAUGGGCAACGAUUCAACACAAAGGUAUAUCGCAUCCAGAGGUUCAAGAUCUGUACCGUAAGGCACGCUCUCGUUACGAGAAAAUCAUCAUCAACGAUUACCAAACUGUUGAUCUUCAAGAACUUGAAUACUCGCUAUGGAAGCUUCAUUACAAGCAUAUAGACGAAUACCGAAAGAAAAUCAAGAAAAUUUCCGCUAGUGCAGAAAGCACAAACAACCUUAAUAGUCAUGUGGAAGGGUUCAAGUCGUUUCUAUCGGAAGUUGCCGAGUUUUACAAAGAUCUAAUCGCAAAAUUCAGAAGAGUUUGUGAACCCGCAAUGUUGCAAAAAAGCCAUUACGUAUGCCAUCGGUUUUUAGUUUGUCUCGGCGAUGUUUCGAGAUAUAUGGAGCUUUGUAAAAAACCCGAUGUUCAAAAAUGGGCCGUUGCAGCUACAUAUUACUUAGAAGCAACGACGGUUUGGCCAUAUAGUGGAAACCCCCAGAAUCAGUUGGCACUGUUGGCAACGUAUAUUGGUGACGAUUUCCUUGCGUUAUAUCAUUGUAUAAGAAGUUUGGCUGUCAAAGAGCCGUUUCCUGAUGCCAGAGACAACAUUAUGUUACUCUUUGAGAAGAAUAAAUCAUCGAAAUUGCAAUCACUUUCUACAGACGCCCACAUUGAUUUCACAAAGCCGUUAAAAAGGCUUUCGUCGCAAAUUAAGUCACACUCAAGCAUAGAUUCAACAAAUAUCAACAAAUUAAGAGCCAACGAGCACGUUCCAGUUGUAAAAACCGAAUUAUGGCCUCUUUUUGUGAGGAUGAUAAGUUUCUUUCUGGUUAAAACCAGCUUUGAGGACUUACCUCACACUUUUGCGUCAACAAUGAAAGAAUUAGAAUCCCUGUUGGCAUUAAACGAUAUAGAAUUAAACUCCUCGUUAGAACCAUACGAACCAUUCGAUUCAUCACGAAAAGGCCCUUAUCGGGCCAUUCAAGCCGUCACAAUCCUCAUAUUUGUAAUUCAAAGUUUAAUCAAAGGGAAACAAGAUGAACAGAUUUCGACAUGUACAACAUGGGCAUGGACUUGCACAUUUUCUUUCAUGGGUCAUAUUAUUCAACGGUGUAUCACAAGCAAUGAUCAAGAAAAUUGCUGCGCGUUGUUGCCAGCUGUACGCGUGUUUUUGGAAUGGUAUGUUGGGUUUCUUGACUAUGCCGAAACUUUUGGUAAGGAUGAGAAAGUGUUUAACGCGAAGUCGUAUUUCUUUGGUGCUUUGGUUGAUCUUUUGAGUGGGUUCGAUGUUAAAGAACAUGAGAUGGUCAAGGAAAGUCAAACUGCUUUGUGGGAAGACCAUGAGCUACGAGGGUUCGAACCCAUAUCCGAAUCAAACAACUUGUUAGAUUUCUGUUCUGAAAACCGAAGUAGAUAUGAAGAUGGAAACUCAAUCCGAAUUACACGCAUUCUACAUGCUUCUGUUAAAAUCACUGAAAGAUUCAAAGAUUCUUCUCAAAGUCAAAUCUUUUAUGAUCAAUCGGCGAGAAAGUUCUACGCAGGCAAAGAUUCCGAAAAGAUUCCAAAGAAAAACGAUAAAGAAAUUGAAGAAGAAGAGGUGAUUCUCUUCAAGCCUCUCACUAGAUACAACUCGGAACCAAUUCAGGCCUCAAGUGAUGAACCGGAUGACCAAACCGAAACCUCUGAAGAAAGUUUGCGCCGUUCUUCCUCACUAAUCAGUGCGCAAAACGGGUCAAAUGGGCCGCAUGAUUCAUCAAAAAGGGGUCAACCGUAUUCCGCUGGACCUCCUUCACUUAGCGGUUGGGUUCUUAACCGCGAAAGUUUAAAUCUCGAAACGGAAAGAAAAUCAAGAAGUUCAAGUAAGCAAGAACUGGCUCCUAUUUCCGAAAUCCCGACAUCCUCGUUAGCUGACAUGUCAAUAUCCGACGCUGCAUACAUUGCUCCUGUUCCUUCAGCACCGUUGUUACCCGAAGAUCAUGGUAUACUCGGUGCACCACCAGUCAGCAGAUUACCACAAGAACCGUUGGACUUCAGUUCGGGGGUGCCUGGGUUUGUUGACGCGUAUCGUCCACCCGUAUUUGGAUUAAGUUCUUCUGAAUGGCUUUACCGGUAUAAUAACAACCUCAGUCUGGAGCCUGGUGCUAACCAUCAUUGGCCCGUUUUGGGUAACAAUGCUCCCGGAAAUCUUGGAAACUUUCAUGGGUAUGAUGGUGGUCCGAGGUUUGAUCUUAUCGACAAGUGGGGUAACCCGUUGCUUACCAACCGAAUGGUGUACUUUGAGAACCCGUUUGGGUACCCGAGACCGAACGUUAGCGGCGGUGGUGGCGGAGGUGGUGAGCUAAGGAUAGGACAGCCACCUGGUUUGCAGCAGUUGAAAGAAAGGGAAUGGCAGUUGCAAGCUGAUUCUCCAUUUAGAGGUCAUCCAUACAUGGGGAAUUGAAUUAUGAUUAUGCAUAUAUUUGAUAUAUGAAUGUGUUUUACUUGUGAUACUUUGCAUAUCUAUCUUUUAUGUUUCUGGAUUGCAUUAUAGAGUUGUACAGUGAAUUUGUAGUUAUUAUAGAGUGAUUUUGGAAGAAAA